GGCGUGGGGCGCGGCUCUGUUCAGUUCUUGGUGCGUGGCUCUUGUGGCGGCAUUUGUGGUCUCUUUGGGGUGAUACCUGGCGAGAGUACGAGGCUCACGAUGUCGAGGAAUUUCUCAGACACAGGCAGCAGAAGAGAGCAUGUUAAAAUCACAAGUGAAUCCAAACCAGGGUUCCUGGAGAGGCUCAGCGAGACAUCUGGAGGCAUGUUAAUGGGACUUGUGACAUUUCUUCUGUCUUUCUACCUUCUUUUUACCAAUGAAGGACGAGCCUUAAGGACAGCCAAAUCUCUUGAUGAGGGACUUUCUCUUGUGAUCCCUCUUGAUAGCAUCCACAGUGUGGCUCAGGAGAAUGAAGGGAGAUUGGUGCACUUAGCUGGUGCUCUGAGUACAUCUAAGCCUUUGUUUGAUCCCAGCUAUGGGCUCUCCAUCCAGGCUGUCAAACUUAAGCGUCACGUGGAAAUGUACCAGUGGGUAGAGUAUGAAGAUUCCACGGAAUAUGAAGAGAAUGGUGAGAUUAAGAAAGAGACAAAGUACUCAUACAAUACAGAAUGGAAAUCAGAAGUUGUGAACAGCAAAAACUUUGAUCGAGAAAUUGGACACAAAAACCCAAGUGCCAUGGCUGUGGAGUCCUUCACUGCUGUUUCUCCUAACGUCCAGGUUGGCAGCUUUGUCCUUUCCAAGGGUCUUGUGGAUAAAAUUGAUAACUUCAAGCAGUUGAGUUUAUCAAACCUUGAGGAUCCACAUGCUGAUGUUACCCGAGGAGGAGAUUACUUUUACCACAGCGAGAACCCCAGGCGUCCAGAAGUAGGAGACCUUCGUGUCUCGUUCUUCUAUGCAGGUCUGAGUGGAGAAGACCCCCGUUUGGGCUCUGCUGAUACGGUGAGUGUGAUUGCUCGCCAGCGAGGUGAUCAGCUGGUUCCGUAUCACACCAAGUCCGGAGAUGUCCUGCAGAUUCUGUACCCUGGAGAUCUCACCGCGGAGGAAGUGUUUCAGAAAGAGCAUGAGAGCAACACCAUGAAGACCUGGGCCCUCCGUGCAGCAGGCUGGAUGGCAAUGUUUGUAGGUGUCAGCCUAAUGACCCGAAUCUUUUACACUUUAGUGGACUGGUUUCCUGUUGUGAGAGAUCUGGUUAACAUUGGAUUAAAAGCAUUUGCCUUCUGUGUAGCCAGUUCACUGUCACUCCUGACCAUCUCCAUUGGCUGGCUCUUCUACCGCCCUCUUUGGGCUGUGCUCAUCGCCUGUCUCUCUGUUGUGCCAAUUGUGGUUGCCAGGUCUCGUGUACCACCAAAGAAGCAGCAGUGAGAAGGAGCUGGUCGGGUUUUGUACUGAAUCCUGGUUAGAGACUUUGAAGUGUAUUUCCAUCCCAGUUGCUGCAGUGUGCUUCCAGCAUAUCUUACUUCAGCAGUGUGCGCUGAGAGUUGGGGAGGGGGCUCAAUAUAUGUUAUCCAUGGAAAAAUAUGACUCUGGGAUGCUGUUUGUAGGAAGUCAGUGACAGCAACUUUGCCAGGGGGAAAAAGGCAUUUUGGAGCAUUUGUAUUGAUUUGAGAACUGGCAAUUCAUGUCCAGGAAUAAGAUCCAGGUACUUGGAGGGUAAGUUUGUAAGUUCCACAUGAACUGGUUUCUGUUGCUGGUGGAGAUAAAUGCGCAGUUGAGUCUUGUUUAUCUUGCACGCGUUUCCCUAUUUUGGGAAGCAUGUUCUUAGUAACAGCACAGCUCCUUUCUGGUCUCUGUACACCUCCUGAUGAAAGGCUGAUUCCAGCCUACAUUCACUUUACUCCCCAUUACUGACUACUCAAGUAAUGUCCUUGCCUCUGUGUGUUUAUUUGAAAACUACAAUGGUUCAACCUGACUGGAUACAGCCUCUUCUAUUUUUAAAGAGACUGGAAGUUUACCAGCACCUUUAACAGCUUAAAAUACUUUCCUAUUGCAUACUAGUGUGCACACAGGAAUGAUGCAAAAGGAACUAAGGAUCCUUUGAUUUAUAAGAACUUUGUGUUUCCCAGGCCAGGCAUGCUGGUGGAGCCAAGGCUCUUUUCUUGCAUGUACACAAACAGUUCUAUAGUAACAAGUGAGGCAAGAUUUCUCAUGCAAGAACUUGAGCUGUCAAUCUUCUGCUUUGGUCUCUCUUAAAGCCUAUUUAGUCCUUCAUCUUUUGCAUGCUUAGGCUAGGAGAGCUGGCUGGCUGUGGAGCCGAGUGGGAUCCUGCCUUCUGAAGAUGUUACUAUUUCUUUCUCUGCUGACUAUAUAAACUUACUAACCUCCUAAUUUCUGUUCUGUGCUGCACAUCCCAAGCUAGGAAGCACAGAAUCACUUUGGUACAGCUGGUACCAGCUCCCAUUUUAAGCAGAUGAAAAAUCACCUAUGCCAGCAGGAGCUGGAUGCGGGCCCAUCCA